AUAAAUAAAAAAUCCCAAAAUCCUGAGUUAGUUACCUCUCUAAACGGUUAUCGGUGUCCGAUCCAAUAUUUUGAUAACCUAUUCAACGGAAAUCAAAUCAUUUAUUUUGUCUGAGUGUCAGAUCUGCUGGACAUUUUGGUCCGAUCUCUCUCCCUGAUUUCGUUUAUUUUCAGAAUUUCAGGUGACAGAGCUUGAUUAAAAACAAACAGCCUCUAUGGGAACAGAGGAGAUUAAUAAUGUCUUCAAUGUGGACAAUUGGCUGUCACAAUUGACAUAUGAGCAAUGGGCAGCCAUACCAGUUACUGAUGCACGGCCAUCAGCUCGUUAUAAGCAUGCUGCAGCAGUAGCUGAUGAGAAACUCUAUGUCUUUGGUGGAAGUCGCAAUGGCCGGUACUUAUCUGAUGUUCAGGUCUUUGAUCUUAGAAGUUCCACAUGGUCUAAUCUAAAACUAAAAUCCAAUCUCCAAGCUGACAAAGCUGAAGAAAAUGGUCUGCACGAAGUUCUUCCAGCUACAUCAGAUCAUAGUAUGGUUAAGUGGGGAAAUAAACUUCUAGUCCUUGGUGGGCACUCCAAGAAUUCUUCAGAUACUAUGAUAGUGAGAUUUAUAGAUCUAGAAUCAUAUCAUUGUGGUGUCAUGGAGACAUCAGGAAAAGCUCCGGUUGCACGAGGGGGGCAUUCUGCUACUUUGGUUGGUUCCAGGCUGAUUAUUUUUGGUGGAGAAGAUAGCAGCAGGAGAUUGCUUAAUGACCUCUAUAUUCUUGAUCUAGAAACGAUGACUUGGGAAGUGAUUGAGACAACGCAGACAUCUCCAGCUCCCAGAUUUGAUCACUCAGCUACAGUACACACUGAACGCUAUCUCAUGAUAUUUGGUGGAUGUUCUCAUUCUAUAUUUUUCAAUGACCUUCAUGUACUCGACUUGCUGACUAUGGAGUGGUCCCGACCGGAUAUUCAAGGUGAUUUGGUGACCCCUAGAGCUGGUCAUGCAGGUGUGGCCAUUAAUGAGAACUGGUAUAUUGUUGGUGGUGGAGAUAACAAAAACGGUUGCCCAGAAACCCUAGUGUUGAAUAUGUCUAAGCUUGCAUGGUCAACAGUCACAAGUGUGAAGGGAAGGGAUCCUCUUGCUAGCGAGGGGCUCAGUGUUUGCUCAAUAGUAAUUGAUGGAGAGAAGCAUUUGGUUGCCUUUGGAGGCUAUAAUGGGAAAUAUAAUAAUGAGGUGUUCAUCAUGAGACUUAAACCUAAAGACAUGCUCCGCCCGAAGAUUUUUCAAUCACCAGCAGCAGCUGCAGCAGCUGCCUCUGUUACUGCUGCAUAUGCCUUGGCCAAAUCUGAAAAGCUGGAUUUAUCAAACAUCAAUUUUAACUCAAAAGGAGUUGAAAGCUAUCCUUCUGAACAAGAUGUAAAAAGUGAAAUUGAUGCAAUUAAAGAAGAGAAAAACGUAUUGGAACUGUCACUUGCAGAAGCCAGAGCAGAAAAUUCUCGGGUGAGGGAAAAGAUUGAUGAAGUUAACAGCACUCAUGCAGAAUUGUCUAAGGAACUUCAUUCUGUCCAAGGUCAACUAGUAGCUGAGAGAUCAAGGUGCUUUAAAUUGGAGGCACAAAUUGCUGAACUACAAAAGAUGCUAGAAUCACUGGAAACCAUAGAGAAUGAAGUACAGCUACUUAGACGACAGAAGGCUGCACUGGAGCAGGAGAUGGAGCUUAAUGCAGCUGCACCGAGACAAGGUUCAGGAGGUGUCUGGCGUUGGAUGGCUGGGUAAUUUAACAAGCUAUAAAAGCCAUAAGUUGAUGCCUCAGAAUUGUGCAAAAGCUUAAGCAGAUAUGCCUCUUUGGAGCUACCGGUGAAGUAUUAUGUUUAUCAAUGGCGUAGACAACAGCCAUGCACUCAAUGAAGGAUUCUGGUUUGUGAGUAUGCGAGUAAGUGGCCAUCACACAAUUCUUUGUUUUUAUAGUUUGAGUAUACACAAAAUGAGUUUGCAGUGGUAAGAAAUUAGUACUCAAUAGCACACUGUCUUUUUUCUCCGCUAAAUUUGAAUAUUUCCUUCUUCUUUUUUUCAUUCCGCCACCUCCAAAGGUUUUGUUCUCAUGCCAGCUUGUUAACUUAUGUUAAAUUCAUUUAUUGUUGUACAAGUGAAUCACAAUUUGUUGAAGUGCAUUCUGGAUUUCAUUGAAAAAUUAUAUGUUAUUUUGCAA